AUGUUCUUCAAAAGCUCACUCCUCGCAACUAUUGCUGCUGUUGCAGCCCACGGUACAGUCUCACAGAUUGAUGUCUCUGGUGGACAAUCUUACAAGGGUCCAUUGAUCAACUCAGGCGACAGAAACAGUCCAAUUUGGCAUGUUUCUACGUCUGACCCUACAACAAACCUUCAAAGUAGCAACAUGUUCUGUGGUCCAGACGCUACCUCUGGUGGCCAAUCACCUUCUAUUGGCGCUGGCUCCACCCUUACCAUCCAUUGGGGACAAGGAUACACCGACAGCGGUGACCAAUGGCCUCACAACACCGGUCCAAUAAUGACCUAUAUGGCUAAAUGUAACGGUGACUGCUCAAACGCAGAUUCCGGUAGUACCAAAUUCUUUAAGAUCUCAGAACUUGGUAUCGAGAAUGGUCAAUGGGUACAAGCACAGCUUAAGCAAGGUCAACCAUACUCUGUUCAGAUCCCAAGUGACCUCCAAGCAGGUAACUACUUGUUGAGAACGGAAAUUGACUCACUCCACUCUGGAAUUGAAAUUUAUCCAAGCUGCUCACAAUGGACCAUCACUGGUGAUGGCUCAAACGCUUAUGAUUCUAGCGCAACAGCAAGCUUCCCUGGUGCCUACUCCAGCUCAGACGCAGGUUUCCAAGGUGCUGGCAGCUCAAUCUACAAUGUACAAUCAGACAGCUCCUACCAAUUCCCAGGCCCAGAGCCAGUAACUAGUGGUCAAUCUAGUAGCUCAUCCGGCUCAACUGGUGGUAAUUCUAAUAACGUUGCUGCUCAACAAUCAACUUCAAGUUCAGAAAGUCAAUCAACCUCAAGUGCAGAAAGUCAACCAACUUCUACUCAACAAUCUCAAGCCCAACCAACUUCAUCCUCAUCAGGUUCAAACUCAGGCUCAGCCAGUACGAACAGUGCAUUCAAGCUUGGGUACCAGGCAGUGGAAACUUUGAUUGCCAGACUGAAUUUGUCUCAUGUCAACAGCAAUCAUUAG